CACAACAUUUUAACACGUUUUUCUCAUCAGUGACUUGAGAAGUGAUCACUGGUAGACUAACAGGGUUAAUUUUCCUCUUGUUGUGGAAUGGGAUUCUGUACAUCAUUGAGAGAGCAACCAUAUGAUGUUAAAGAUCUUGUUUGCGUACUGACCUAACCAUAGCUUUGAACUGUUGAUAAUGAAUAGGAGAGUUCACUAUCCUGGACCUCCAGGGAAUCCUAAUUCAUUUUUUCCACAAUUUAAUCCAGCAUUUCGCUUCUCACGGGUUGUUCAGCAGCAGUACACCUUUGUUCCUGCCCAGCAUCGUUUUCGGCAUCCACCUUUUCUCAACUUUGACAACGGAUGGCAGAAUCUUCAAAUUGAUGUUUCUAAUCCACCUGUUGAUUAUAGAGAAACAAUCAGACAAGAUAUUCUAUCACAACUCCACAAACAUCCCAGCACUAGUCAUCAAAACCGCAAGAGACCUGCAGAAUCUGUUCCAAGUUCUUCUAACAGCAAGAAAUCCAGGAGUGAUCUCCCAGUUGAAUCCUGUUCUGUAAUUAAAGAUGUGCCUGUCCCUCCACCAGGAUACAGUCCCAUACACAAUAUUACUGAGGCAAUCAUCCGAUACUUCUUAGAGAAUCACCAGACAGACAAAGCAUACAAGCAGAAACUUCAACUUAGAGAUGUACUCUUCAAAAUAUUUCAAGCUUCUAUGCCAAACUGUGGAUUGUACAUAGUUGGGUCCUCUAUGAGUGGCUUUGGGACCAUGAAGAGUGAUAUGGACAUGUGUCUGAUGAUCACAGAAGAUGGAAUUGACCAGAAAAGAGAAGCUCCAGAAAUUCUCUAUCUUAUCCAGAAAGCCCUAUAUAAAUGCAGUUUUGUGAGGGAAUCCACAGUUAUCAGAGCUAAAGUCCCAAUUCUACGCUUUAAUGAUCUCGUAAGCAAAGCCCAAAUAGAUCUAAAUGUCAACAAUAGUGUUGGAAUUCGUAAUACUCAUUUACUCAAGUAUUACUGCAUGACUGACUGGAGAGUGAGACCACUAGUACUGUACAUAAAGAAGUGGGCUCGUUUCCAUGACAUCAAUGAUGCCAGUAAAGCCACCAUAUCAAGUUAUUCUCUCUGUCUCAUGCUCAUCCAUUAUCUACAAUAUGCUUGUUCACCACCAGUUCUACCGUCCCUACAGGAACUCUAUCCAGAACGCUUCAAAGAUUCGUUAGAUAUCCGAGACCUGAAGUUUGACGAUACAGUGUCCUAUAAGAGUGACAAUGGACAGAGUGUAGGGGAACUUUUUCUUGGAUUCCUGGGUUACUAUAGCAACAAAUUCAGGUUUGAUGAGGAUUGUAUAUCGAUAAGGGAUGCAACAAAGUAUAGCUUAGAUGACUACAUGAGAUUCAAGAAUGAAUAUUUUCAGAUGCAGCCUCUUUGUAUUGAAGAGCCAUUUGACUUUUCCAAUACAGCAAGAUCUUGUCAUGAUAAAAAUAAGUUCAACCGAGUGAAAAAAGUGUUCAAAACAAGUUACCAGGAACUGCAGAAAAAGAAAGAUGUCAACUGUCUGUUCUCACAGCCAUUUUAAAGGAUUAGUGCUGAGGACCUAUGGUUUGGGACCAUUGUUGGAAGCAUCAUGGUAGUGUGAAUGUGAAUUGUAUGACAUUGUCUGGUAUGCUUAUAAGGCAUUGUCCACGAUGCUGAUAGGAGAGUUGAUCUGUAUACGUAACAAAUCGGAGAUAUACUGAAGUAUGAAACUACAGAAAUUUAGAUGGUGCUAAAUAAACAUGUACAGUGUAUAGUGCAAUGACUAAAAAAGGGUGAAUCAAGUGUUAAAUUACCCUGACAUGUAGAGUGAUAGAACUGUAUCAUUCAUGACAUGCAGUGUACAUGUAUUCAGGAAAUCAUGUAUCACAUACAUGUACAUUUACCUUUAAAUAUGCAGUGUAAAUAUUCAGCACUGCAAAAUUUUGUUACAGAGAAAGGCAGCUCAGACUUUUUUUUUUCUAAUUUGUGAUUUGUGAAUUAAAAAUAAUGGUGAUUCUUCAUUCAUUUUUCUUGAGGAUUGACUGAUUAUCAUGUUUGAAAGUUUGUACAGUAUGUAAGAAAGUAUUGAUACAACUGUUCAUUGUAAAUAAAUUUUCUAUAUACUU